AGGAGAGAGCUGCUGAUGUCAGGAGCUUCAGUGCUGCAUUUACUGCUGCAGAGAGGAUGAGCAUCUCCGGAUUCACACAUGCGAGCCUGACGAGCAACAUGCGGACUGUCGCGAUUAUAUCGGCGCUGGUAUUAUGCCUGGCCUCGUUAGGCAACGCGGGGAAAAAGGUUUUUAAAUGUCCUUCCUUGUGUAGCUGCUCCAAGGAGUCUAUUAUCUGCGUCGGGUCUUCGUAUGUCCCGCGAUUAAUUCCCAACGAUGUCAGUUCACUGAGUAUUGUGAACGGGACCUUCUCUGAGAUCAAGGAGGCGAUGUUCUCACACAUGCCAUCUUUACAGUUACUGUUGCUGAACUCCAAUGCUCUCACCACAAUAAGGGAUGACGCAUUUUCUGGCCUUCCGCACCUGGAGUACCUGUUUAUAGAAAACAACAAGAUUGAGACAACAUCAAAAUACUCUUUCAGAGGACUUAGGGAUUUGACUCAUCUGUCUUUGGCAAACAACAACAUUAAAGCUUUGCCCAGAGAUCUAUUCAUCGAUCUGGACUCAUUGAUAGAGCUAGACUUGAGGGGCAAUGUCUUUGAGUGUGACUGCCGAGCGAAGUGGCUGAUGAUGUGGCUGAAGAGCACGAACGCUACUGUAUCAGACGUCCUCUGCGCCGGUCCUGAGGAGAUGAAGGGCAAACGGCUCAAUGACAUGGCGAGCUUGCAUAACGAAUGCAUCUCUACAGAUUUCGUUCCUCUCCACUCUGUGUCUACUGAGUCUUUGUCUGUGGACACGUUCUCCCACAAGAACGACGUGUACGUGGCCAUCGCUGCUCCCAACAUAGAGAGCUGCAUGGUGCUCCAAUGGGACCACAUCGAGAUGAACUUCAGGAGUUACGACAACAUCACAGGUCAGUCCAUAGUUGGCUGCAAGUCUGUGAUCAUCCAGAACCAGGUGUUUGUCAUCGUUGCUCAACUCUUUGGUGGUUCCCACAUCUACAAGUUUGAUGAAGACCAAAGCAAGUUCACAAAGUUCCAGGACAUUGAGGUUUCCAAGAUUUCCAAGCCGAAUGACAUCGAGGCCUUUCAGAUCGGCAGCGACUGGUUCUUCAUCAUCGCUGACAGCUCGAAGGCUGGACUUUCUACUCUCUACAAAUGGAACGACAAGGGCUUCUACUCCUACCAGUCGCUUCACGAAUGGUUUCGUGAUACCGAUGCAGAGUUUGUGAAUUUGGACGGUAAGGCCCAUCUUAUCCUAGCGAGCCGUUCUCAAGUACCGGUCAUCUACCAGUGGAGCAGGAGCACUCAGAAGUUUGCCUUGCAAGGAGAGAUCCCAAACAUGGAAGAUGUAGUCGCUGUCAAGGCCUUCUGGAUCAAGGAGGAUCUUUAUCUGGCCAUGACCCGAUACAUCGGCGACUCCAAAGUCUUGCAUUGGACUGCUAAGGAAUUCUCCGAGGUCCAGGCGCUUCCUUCGAGAGGGUCCAUGAUCCUGCAGCCAUUUUCCUUCAAAGAAAGGUACUACCUGGCUCUGGGAAGCGACUACACCUUCUCGCAGAUCUAUCUGUGGGAUGCAGAGGAGAAGGUUUUUGAGCGUUUCAAGGAAGUCUACAUCCAGGCUCCACGUUCCUUCACUGUGGUCUCCACUGACCGGAGGGACUUCGUAUUUGCCUCCAGUUUUAAGGGCAGCACACAGAUCUUUGAGCAUAUCAUCAUUGAUCUGAGUCUUUGAGUGCUGUUGUGGACACAGUCGAAGUUAAGGCACGUCAGUAACCCCUCGUUUAGCAGUUGGACGUUUUUUUCUGGAAAGCCAAUUAGUGGGUUUUAAGACGAGGGAAGUCUGGGAAGCAAACGUAACAUGGCAUUAGCAGGUUCACAGUAAUAAGUAUUACAUCAUGCAUCUGUGUAGUUUUACAUAGAUUCUGGGAGGGCCUUGACAUUUUUUGUUGUAAUGUAUUAGAAUUGUUAUAUAAUAUAUAGAACAUUUACUCAGCCCUGCUGAAAACAUUUCUGCCGAACAUACGGUGCAUGGACUGCGGAAAAGAGUUGCACUUGUCACCUGUAACUACCUAAAUCACUCUACAUAAUGAUAUAUACUGUAACUCUGAGAGCCUUUCAAAACUCUGUAUGCAACAGCUGAUACCAUGCAUGACGCGGCUGCAACAACAUUGAGAAUAAAAAAAUACAAUUUUCAGAGCAGGCAUGCAGAUCAAGUAGUGAUACAGGUGACAAAUGCAGUCUUAUUAUCUUUAGAGACAUUGUUACCUCAUUGUUCAUUAUUUAUUUAAAUCAUAUCUCUCUUUUGGUGGACUAAGUUUUAAUGUCAAGUAAUUCAUCUUUUAAAAUGAAUCGCCUCUAUUAUAUUUACCAGGAUCUGUUCAGAGUUAAACGAAUCAAAACUUAUAUAUCAGUUAUGUGAUUUUUAGGCAGAAAUGUUUGUGUUUAUGUGGCUGGUUGUAAUGAAUUCAAGAAUGGAGGCUUUUGUGAAAGAAAAAGAUCAUCUACGUUUCAAUACAGGGUAAUUGUCAAAAGCACAAGCCUUUAAAAUCAUCAUACGUCUAUUAAUAGAGAAAGAGACUUAAUCUUAUUCAUUACAACUUAUUUUGGAUAAAGAUUUUUUUUUUUGUUCUGUGCAAUGAAUGUAAACUGCUUUUUAUUUUAAGUACUAGUGACAAAUGUUGAAUGUCUGACUUGUUUUGAAAACAAGUGCGUUAAAAUAAGAACCUCAUUUUCAUAGUUUUGCAAACUGGGAUACAGAGAAAAGAACAACACAACCCUAAAUAAUGACUGCAGCCUGCAAAAGCAUGAUAUUCAGCUAUUAAUAUUCAAUAAGUCUUAUAAAAAAAUCAAUAAAUAACAACUCUUACUUGACCAUAUAAUGUCUGCUCAUUCAUACCAGUUUUAGCUU